AUGCCAAAAGAUCGAAGGAUAUCGCAAUUUUCAAUAGCAUUGCUCAUAUUAGUCGAAUUUUGCAAUUGUUUUAAUCUAGAUGUUUAUGCACCGAUUUAUCGAUUCGGCAAAAAUGGAACAAAUUUCGGAUUUGCUGUUGCACAGCAUUUUAAUGGCGAAAAACCAAUGUGAGUUUGAAAAAAUUGGGAAAUUUGGAUUUUUGAGGGUUUUUGGAGCACAAUGAGCCCAAAUUUGUUCUGGAAAGGUUUCUGGGCUCGAAAUCUCAGAUUUUUCAAGUUUUUGAGCUCAAAAAUGCUCCUGCACUUGAAUUUUCCAUAAAUCUGAAAUUUAGAGCUGAAAAUCUUGAAAAAUUGGAUUUUUGAGGUUUUUCUGAACAAAAUGAGCCCAAAUUUGCUCUGGAAAGGUUUCUGGGCUCGAAAUUUGAGAUUUUUAAAGUUUCUGAGCCCGAAAAUGCUCCUGGACCUAAAUUUUCAAAAAAUCUGAAAUUUGGAGCUCAAAAUCUUGGGAAAUUUGGAUUUUUGAGGGUUUUUGGAGCAUAAUGAGCCCAAAUUUGCUAUGGAAAGGUUUCUGGGCUCGGAAUUUCAGAUUUUUGAGCUCAAAAAUGUUCCAAGGCUCAAAUUUUCUGAGAAAUCUCGUAUUUUGGAGCAAAAUGAGCCCAAAAACAUUAUUCAAGCUCAAAUUUUUCAAAAAUCCCAAUUCCAGAAUGCUAAUCGGAGCGCCCAAAGGUGAAUCCGGCCAAUUAUCCACCAAAAAAGCCGGAGCAAUGUUUUCCUGUCAAAUUUCGCACCAGGAAAAUUGCGACUUGGUGAAAUUCGAAUACGAAAACCCAGAAGAUUAUGAAAAAAGGCCGAAUGAGACGAGAACCGGAAGAAAUGUGCAUUUUUUGGGAAAAAAUGAUCAAUUAUUGGCUUCAACCAUUGUUUCGAAAGGAACCAAGAAUGGAAGUGCUUUGGUGAGUUUUUCGGACCCGAAAUUUGGAUUUUUCAUCAAAUUUUGACCUAGAAACAUGUUUUUGAACCUAAAAAUGAAUUGACAACGAUGCUCCGCGCUUACGCCGUCAUUUUUCGACUAAAAACAUGUUUUUCGAUCUAAAAUCGAUGAAACUACGACACUCCGCGUUUACACCUUCAAAUUUAACUAAUUUUCAUGUUUUUUAACCCGAAAAAUCCAGAUUUUCGGCAAAACUACGACACUCCGCGUUUACACCCUCGAAUUUUGCGCGAAAAAUUGAAUUUUCAAAAAUUUCAGGUCUGCGCCCCUCUAAUCCGUUUCCAUCAAACCGCCGCCUACCCACAAGGAGCCUGCUAUGAACUUGGCACAAAUCUACGACUCACCUCCACCUAUUCCACGUGUGCCCAGAAGAAUCUGCCGACCACAGAUCGACAUAAUGAAUAUGGAAGUUGUAUGGAGGGAUUUUCGGCGGCCAUUACUGGUAGGUGUUGAUUUUUGAGGGAAAAUGAGCGGGUUUACAACGACACUCCGCGUUUACAACUUUAAAUUUUCCAAAUUUUAGCUCCAGAAUACAGUCUAGCCUUAUUUGGUAUCAAAAAAUCGCAAAUUUCAGACGACACAAUAGUAACGGGCCUAAUCGGAGCUGUAAAAUGGACCGGAGGAGUUUUCGCCAAAAAAUCCUCUGCCAACAUUUUCGACUCGGUCGUCGAAAAAUACACAAUGAAUCAGGCUGGAGAAUCGAUUCGAAAUCGACUAGUUGCUCAUGAUUAUCUAGGAUAUUCAGUGGAUAUCGGAAGAUUCGGAUUUUGGUAUGAGCAAUCGGGAAAAGCGGCCGCCAAGAAGAUCACAGUUGUCUCUGGAGCCACGAGAUUCGGUGAGCAUGGAGCCGUCGUGUUUUUGCCGUUUUUUCAAGAUAGUUCGACGAAGUUGGCGUUGAAUGAGGAUCAUUUUAUGAUUAAUGGAACUAGUAUGGGAAGUGCAUUUGGGUAUUCGAUUGAAGUUGUUGAUUUGAAUAAUGAUGGGUGAGUUACGGGGCGAGGCGGAAGGUUUCCGCGUAGCUUUCGUUUCAGUGGCCACGCGGAUUAUCUAGUAAUCCAUGUGGCCGCUAAAGCGGAAGAUAGUGCCGCUGACGCGGAAGCUUGCGGUUUACACUCGCGCCAAAGGCGCUCGAUUAGAGAUUACAAAGUGUGUUAGAGACGCAGAGAAGCCAGACAGCUAGAGACCACAAGGAUGUUAGAGACGCAGAAUUAGUCGCCGUGAACGUUGAAAGAUUGCUCAGGUUAAAUAUUCCUAGAGCCUCAAAAUGAUGGGAUUUUGAGCUAGAAGUGGUUUUCGAGGAGAUAAGCUCAGAAAAUCCCCGAUUUUCAGCUUCAAACGAUCAUUUUUAGCUCUAAAACCCUAUUUUAACCGAAAAAUCACAAAGUUUCAGUCUGAUACGUGAUUUUCAGCUCUGAAAUAACAUUUUUAGCUCAAAAUUAAUGAAAAUUCGCGAAAUUUCAGUCUGGAACAUGAUUUUCAGCUCAAAAACCUGAUUUUGAUUGAAAAAACACAAAAUUUCAGACUGGAACUUGAUUUUCAGCUUUGAAAUAACAUUGUUAGCUCAAAAUUCAUGAAAAUUCGCGAAAUUUCAGUCUGGAACAUGAUUUUUAGCUCGAAAUUCAUGAAAAUUCGCGAAAUUUCAGUCUGGAACACGAUUUUCAGCUCUGAAAUAACAUUUUUAGCUCAAAAUUCAUGAAACUUCAGUCUGGAACACGAUUUUCAGCUCAAAAUUCAUGAAAAUUCGCGAAAUGUCAGACUGGAACAUGAUUUUCAGAUCUAAAAUGUUAUUUUCAGUUCAAAUUUCAGAUUAGAACAUGAUUAUUAGCUCAAAAACCUGAUUUUAACCGAAAAUUCACGAAUUUUCAGUUUGAAACAUGAUUUUCAGCUCAAAAUUUAUGAAAAUUCAUGAAAUUUUAGUCUGGAACACGAUUUUCAGCUCUAAAACCUGAUUUUAACCGAAAAUUCACGAAAUUUCAGUCUGUAACACGAUUUUCAGCUCAAAAACCUGAUUUUAAUUGAAAAAACACAAAAUUUUAGUCUAGAACAUGAUUUUCAGCUCAGAAACCUGAUUUUGAGCGAAAAAUUUAUGAAAUAUAGCGAAAUUUCAGAUUAGAACAUGAUCAUUAGCUCUGAAACCUGAUUUUAAUCGAAAAAUCUCGAAAUUUCAGUCUGGAGCAUGAUUUUCAGCUCAAAAUUCAUGAAAAUUCGCGAAAUUUCAGUCUAGACAACGAUUUUCAGCCCAAAAACCUUAUUUGAACUGGAAAAUUCCCAAGUUUCAGCCUGGAAGCUCAAAAUUUCAUGAAAAAUCCCAAUUUAAACGAUUUUUUGGCUAAAAAUGAUCGAAAAUUUGAAAUUUAACCUGAGCAAUCUUCUCCGAGUCUAUACCGCAAGCUCCCGCGUAGCGGUCACGUGGAAAAUCGAAAAAGCUUAACAUGAGCAACGUUCUUUUCCAGCUUCGACGAUCUAAUAAUCGGCGCGCCAUUCGAACAUCGCACCGGAAUCGACGGAAACUACGGUGGCAUCGUCUACGUCUACUUCUCGCAAGGAAUUCAACGAGCCAAACACGAAUCGCAUCUCGUCUUCCACCCGCCAAAAAUCCUCAAACAUCCCGAAUUCUACUCGCAAUUCGGACUAUCGAUUGCCAAGCUCGGAAAUCUCGAUGGCGAUAAGAAUAACCUUCAAGAUUUCGCCGUUGGUGCACCAUUUGCCAAUGAUGGCGCCGGAGCUGUAUACAUCUAUCUAGGCACCAAGAACAUCGACAAAUUCCGGAAGAAGCCGGCGCAGAUCAUUAGAGGAAAUUCCCUGCCAAACUUGCCGUUUAAUAUGCGAAGUUUCGGAUUUUCCCUCUCCGGAGGCUCGGAUUUGGACGAAAAUGGCUAUCCUGAUCUUCUUAUCGGAUCGCCGAGUCGAGAUUUUGCAGUUCUACUGAGAUCUAGACCGGUGAUCAGUAUUAAUGCGAAUCAUAAGCUGGAGAAAUCUAUGAUAGAUAUUUACAAGGGAUCGAAUUGUCCCAGAGGUUCUCGAACAUGUUUCAAUCUAGAUUUGAUCAUUUUUGUCGAUGAGGAAACUCGAAGAUCGGCUGAACUCGUCGAUUUCACCUCCGAUGUUUUCACGUGUAACUUGGAAGUUAUUCCAUAUCGAGUUGAUGUGUUGUCACGGGGUUUGAUUGAGAAUAGUCAUUCGAGUAAUUAUAGUUGGCCGUGUGGAAGUAAUUCGCAUUUGCAGAAGCGCACUUAUAAACAGGUUAUAUAUUUGGGAGCUGGCGAGGAGCAACAAGAGGAUUGGAUUACACCGUUGAAGUUCAAGUUUUCUGUUAGCAUCAGGUUGGUGGAAGAAAAUACGAUGCUCCUCGUUUACGGGGCGGAAAAUGAAUGAUUUUCGGAAAUUCUAGCCGAAAUUUGAGAAAAACUACGAUGCUCCGCGUUUACACGGCGAAAAAUGAGCGGUUUUGAGCGAAACUACGAUAAUCUGGGUUUACACUAUGAGAAAUUUUCAAAUUCAACUUUUUGCGCGGUAAAAACGUGGUGUAAAGCCGGAGCAUCGUUGAAAGUCAUAUUUCUCAGAGAAGUUGGACGAUUAAUCGCCGAGUAACUUGAAUUAGCUGCUGGCUAACCGAUUAAUCGCCUGUGUUAAUUUAGUUCAGGCGAUUAAUCGUAAGUUCACUUUACUCGGCGAUUAAUCGUCCAACUUGUCUGAGUUUUCUCUAGAAAUCUUCAAAUUUUCACAAAAACCGCCCUAAAAAACAGCGUAAACCCGGGGCAUCGUAAAAAAUUCAAAAUUUUCACAAAUACCGCCCUAAAACACAGUGUAAACCCGGAGCAUUGUGAAUUUUCGAUUUUCAGAAACGAAAAGAAGCCCGAACAACCGUCCAUUGGUCAACCAAUCGUGGAUCUCAAAAAAUAUCCGGUGCUCAACAAAUAUGGAGCAAGUUAUGAGUUUGAAGUUCCCUUCAACACACUUUGCGGUGAAGAUCACACUUGUCAGACGGAUUUGGAGCUGAAAGCUGCUUUUAAGGAUAUUCCGCUGUGAGUUUUGGGCAGUUAAAUGAUGAAAAUCACAAAAUUUCAGUCUAGAACAUGAUUUUCAGCCUAAAAAUGCUGAAAUUCAUGAGUUUUUGAGCUAGAAUCGAUUUUGAAGCUCAGAAAUCCCAAUUUUCAUCUCCAAACGAUCAUUUUGAGCCGAAAAACCUGAUUUUAACUGAAAAUUCACAAAAUUUCAGUCUGGAACAUGAUUUUCAGCCUAAAAUUCAUGAAAAAUCACAAUUUCGACGAUUUUUUGACUCAAAACUUAUGGAAAACUGCGAUUUUUAGCUAAAAGCAUCGAGAACCUGAAUUUCCAGAACCCCACAAGGAUACGUUUCAAACGUCGGCGAAAAAGACCAUCUCGACAUCACAUUCUCCAUCGAAAACAAAAAAGAAAAAGCCUACCGAGCAAAUUUCUACCUAGACUUCAACAAUGAAGAAUUGGAGUUACCGCAAAUCAUCGGAUCAUCCAAAAAAUUAUCGAUUGAAAUCGUUGAUAACAAUAUUGUUCAUUUGAACCUGGGAAAUCCAAUGGAAUCGAAUAGUAAGAUCAAUUUCGAAGUGCGAUUUAAGCUAACUCGAGGAAGAACUGAGGGAAUUGGAAAGAAAUUGAGGUUUUCGGCGAAAGUUAACUCAACUUCACAGGAAGAUGAAGGUUUGAAAGUGGACAAUUCGUGGAGUAGCGAAGUUCAGAUUAUAAAAAAAGCUGAGCUUGAACUCAUCGGAAUCUCUGACCCACAUCUAAUUCAUUUUGGAGGAAUAUCGAAGGGUGAAUCAGCGAUUGAAUUAGAAGAGGAUAUUGGGAUUAUGGUCCGACACAAUUAUACGAUUCAUAAUAAAGGUCCGUGGACUGUCAGAAAUGUUGUUGCGAAAUUCGAUUGGCCAUAUCAAAUCAGAUCGAAUUUCGGCGCUGGCAAAUGGGCUCUUUAUUUGCUCGAUGUUCCAACCAUUACUCAGAUUAAUAAUGAUGGAACUAUCGAAGUUCGCAAAUGUUUGGUUGAGCAGAAAUAUGAGUUUGUGAAUCCGGCAGAUAUCAAACUGAAUACCAAGUAUUCGACGCAGGAGACUUCGAGAAGAGCGAAACGAGAAACGGGCGUGGAAAAAGUGUCGACGGGCGGAUUGUUCCGCGUCUCACCGCAUACGCGUACCGAAAAUGGCAUUGAUGUUAAAGUGGUGACUAUUGUGAGUGAAAAUUACACGAAAAGUUGAAAAUUUGGGGUAUUUGGGCCUAACCACGAAUGAAUUUCCCAAGAAAAAGCGUGCCAGGCUUGCAUAACCCAAGAUUUUCAUGAAAAAUGGGCGGGGCUAGCUUUUUGCAAGCCUGGCACGCUUUUUCCCGGUGAAAAUUCAUGAUUUUUAGCCUAACCGCGAUGAAACACGGUGCGCUUUCCUUUACGCGAAGACCCGUUGCGAAAAAAAAGUGAGAAAGUGGGCGGGGCCGAACGAUACCGAGCGCGCUCACCACGCAAUGUGUCGCUGCGCAGCGAAAUUUUUUCUCUCAUCAGAGCGCACUUAGCCCUCUUCAGCAGAAAUUUCACGACGGUCUUUUUGUUCAAGCGACGUAAAGAAAAUCUCACCGUGGAAAAUCAUGAAUUUACCAAGGAAAAACGUGCCAGGCUUGCAUAACCCAAGCACCGCCCAUUUUUCUUUGAAAAUUCAUGCAGUAAACCAAGAUUUUCAUAAAAAAUGGGCGGGGCUCGAUUUCUGCAAGCCUGGCACGUUUUUUACAGUGAAAAUUGAGCAAAAAUAACAAUUCCUGGUCGAAAUCAGUACUUUUCACGAAGAAAAACGUGCCAGGCUUGCAUAAACCAAGCCCCGCCCAUUUUUCAAGUGGAAAUUAUCGAAUCAAUCAAUAAUCCUCUCAAAUUUUUCUAGAGUUGCACCGAAAAAACCGCCAACUGCUUCACAGUCUCCUGCCACUUUGAUUUCAUCGAUGCGAAUUCGGCGCCGGUCGUCGAUUUUCGAGCUCGACUCUGGAAUUCCACCUUCAUCGACGAUUAUACAGAUGUUGAGUAUGUUGAGGUGAAAUCGUUCGGACGAUUGGAAAUCGACGCGGGACAAGGAAUCGAGGACGAUCCGGACAAUAAUGUACUAUCGAUCACCACUUUUGCCUAUCCGGAUAAACCGGCGAUUGGUGAGUUCACAGAAAGUUAGCCUAACUUACUGGGCUUUAGCUGCCACGUGGAUUACUAUGACGUUUGCCAUAUCAUAGUAAUCCGCGUGGCCGCUGAAGCGGAAGCUUGCGGAUUAGCCGCUAGCUUCCGCGUAGCGGCCACGUGGAUUACUAUACCAUGUCAUAGCAAUUCACUUGGCCGCUACGCGGAAGCUUGCGGUUUACACUCGCUACGCUCGAGAGAAAUCUAGCUGCCACAUGGAUUACUAGGACGUUUACCAUAUCAUAGUAAUCCGCGUGGCCGCUGAAGCGGAAGCUUGCGAGUGUGAGCCGCUAGCUUCCGCGUAGCGGCCAAGUGAAUCACUAUUACGUGUCAUAGUAAUCCACGUGGCCGCUACGCGGAAGCUUGCGGUUUACACUCGCUCCGCUCGAGAGAAAUCUAGCUGCCACGUGGAUUACUAGUACGAUAUCCACGUCAUAGUAAUCCACGUGGCCGCUGAAGCGGAAGCUUGCGGUUUACACUCGCUCCUCUCGAGAGAAAUCUAGCUGCCACGUGGAUUACUAGGACGUUUGCCAUAUCAUAAUAAUCGACGUGGCAGCUGAAGCGGAAGCUUGCGAGUGUGAGCCGCUAGCUUCCGCGUAGCGGCCACGUGGAUCACUAUAACGUGUCAUAGCAAUUCACGUGGCUGCUACGCGGAAGCUUGCGGUUUACACUCGCUACGCUCGAGAGAAAUCUAGCUGCCACGUGGAUUACUAGGACGUUUGCCAUAUCAUAAUAAUCGACGUGGCAGCUGAAGCGGAAGCUUGCGAGUGUGAGCCGCUAGCUUCCGCGUAGCGGCCACGUGGAUCACUAUAACGUGUCAUAGCAAUUCACGUGGCUGCUACGCGGAAGCUUGCGGUUUACACUCGCUACGCUCGAGAGAAAUCUAGCUGCCACGUGGAUUACUAGGACGUUUGCCAUAUCAUAGUAAUCCGCGUGGCAGCUGAAGCGGAAGCUUGCGAGUGUGAGCCGCUAGCUUCCGCGUAGCGGCCACGUGGAUCACUAUAACGUGUCAUAGCAAUUCACGUGGCUGCUACGCGGAAGCUUGCGGUUUACACUCGCUACGCUCGAGAGAAAUCUAGCUGCCACGUGGAUUACUAAGACGUUUGCCAUAUCAUAGUAAUCCGCGUGGCAGCUGAAGCGGAAGCUUGCGAGUGUGAGCCGCUAGCUUCCGCGUAGCGGCCACGUGGAUCACUAUAACGUGUCAUAGCAAUUCACGUGGCUGCUACGCGGAAGCUUGCGGUUUACACUCGCUACGCUCGAGAGAAAUCUAGCUGCCACGUGGAUUACUAGGACGUUUGCCAUAUCAUAGUAAUCCGCGUGGCAGCUGAAGCGGAAGCUUGCGAGUGUGAGCCGCUAGCUUCCGCGUAGCGGCCACGUGGAUCACUAUAACGUGUCAUAGCAAUUCACGUGGCUGCUACGCGGAAGCUUGCGGUUUACACUCGCUACGCUCGAGAGAAAUCUAGCUGCCACGUGGAUUACUAGGACGUUUGCCAUAUCAUAGUAAUCCGCGUGGCAGCUGAAGCGGAAGCUUGCGAGUGUGAGCCGCUAGCUUCCGCGUAGCGGCCACGUGGAUCACUAUAACGUGUCAUAGCAAUUCACGUGGCUGCUACGCGGAAGCUUGCGGUUUACACUCGCUACGCUCGAGAGAAAUCUAGCUGCCACGUGGAUUACUAGGACGUUUGCCAUAUCAUAAUAAUCGACGUGGCAGCUGAAGCGGAAGCUUGCGGAUUACACUCGCUCCUCUCGAGAGAAAUCUAGCUGCCACGUGGAUUACUAAGACGUUUGCCAUAUCAUAGGAAUCCACGUGGCUGCUGAAGCGGAAGCUUGCGGAUUACACGCGCUCCAGCUGCCACGUGGAUUACUAUGACGUUUACCAUAUCAUAGUAAUCCGCGUGGCAGCUAGAAGCAGAACAACUCUCAAAACCCUUCAAAUUUUGCAGGAGAAACCCGUCCCCUUCCCCUAUGGAUUCUAAUCUGUGCCAUUCUCGCCGGUCUCUUCAUACUUCUCCUAAUCUCGCUAGCCCUCUGGAAAUGCGGAUUCUUCAAACGCAACAAAUUGGACCAACCCUCACUUUAUACAGCUCAAUUGCGUCACGAAAGAGAAGAAUGGGCUGAUACGGGAUUCUAG